CCCCAUUCGCAUAAAUCAUCAUUCGUUUCUCUUACGGCAUAUGUCUCAGAGACCUAACGUUCCUCACUUCUCCUCCGUAGCUUUUGGUCUCCAUUCGCAUCUCCUGGUCUCCAGUGAGAUGAACUCCACCUCGAAUUGGUGUGUUGAUUGUUGAUCUGUGGUUUUUGGAUUCCGGAUUUGUUUGUGAUCUUCGAUUUUGGGUGGAUUUGGAUUUUUUGAGGAGUUAGGGUUUUUUCCCCCAAUUUUGAGUUAUAAUGAGUUUGAAAGGAUUUGUUGAAGGAGGCAUUGCCUCAAUUGUUGCAGGAUGCAGCACACAUCCGCUGGAUUUAAUUAAGGUUCGGAUGCAGCUGCAAGGGGAAUCGGCGCCGGCACAGUCUCUCCGCCCUGCGCUCGCCUUCCAGAAUUCCUCCGCGCACCACCUGCACCUUCCACCGCCUCCGCGUGUUGGGCCGGUUUCCGUCGGUCUGCGGAUUGUUCAGCAGGACGGCGUCGCCGCUUUGUUUUCCGGAGUCUCCGCCACGGUUCUCCGCCAGACGCUGUACUCGACCACAAGGAUGGGGUUGUACGACGUGAUGAAGAAGAGAUGGACGGAUCCGAACACCAACACCAUGCCGCUGACGAGGAAGAUCGUCGCCGGAUUGGUCGCCGGUGGCAUCGGAGCCGCCGUCGGAAAUCCGGCGGACGUGGCGAUGGUGCGGAUGCAGGCCGACGGACGCCUACCGGCGGCGCAGAGGCGGAACUACAGGAGCGUGGUGGAUGCGAUCACGCGGAUGGCGAAGGGCGAGGGGAUUGGUAGCCUGUGGCGCGGGUCAUCCCUUACGGUGAACCGCGCGAUGAUCGUGACGGCGUCGCAGCUGGCGUCGUACGAUCAGUUCAAGGAGAUGCUUCUAGAGCAUCACGUGAUGAAGGACGGGCUGGGGACGCACGUGACGGCUAGCUUCGCCGCCGGGUUCGUGGCGGCGGUGGCGUCGAAUCCGGUGGACGUGAUUAAGACGCGCGUGAUGAACAUGAAGGUGGAGGCAGGGGCGGCUCCGCCGUACAGCGGCGCCAUGGACUGCGCGUUGAAGACGGUGAGGGCGGAGGGCCCGACGGCGCUCUACAAAGGGUUUAUACCCACGAUUUCCCGGCAGGGGCCCUUCACUGUGGUGCUCUUUGUCACACUGGAACAAAUCCGGAAAGUGCUCAAAGAUUUUUGACCACGUCUGGUGGUUAUAUUAUUUUUAUCGAUGAUGAUGAUGACGACGACGAUGAUGCCGAACAAAUUAUACUAUUAUAUACACACAUUAUUAAAGUAUUCCAGCUACAAGCCAGCAUCAAAAUAUUAAGUUGAAUUCACUUUUAGGAAAAUGUACGCACUGAUUUCACAAUAUAUUUUCAUUCAGUUUAUACUA